UGGGAGGAGAGACCGGGAGGCUGGCCGGGCUGCGCCCCGGGUCGCCGCACCGCGACCUGCAGACCCCGCCGCCGCGCUCGGCCCGGCUCCCACGCCCCCGCCGCCCGGCGCACCAAACUCCGCGGCCGCCCCGCCCGCCCCGCGCGCUCGCAGACCCCCGGGGCGGCUGCCGGGGGGAAAUGCUGGAAGAAACUUCUUAAAUGACCGAGUCCGGCUGGCCGUGGAGCAUUUCUGGGUUGGGGAAAGGAAAGGAAAGUGGAAAAAACCUGAGAACUUCCUGAUCUCUCUCGCUGUGAGACAUGUCUGAGACUCCUGCUCAGUGUAGCAUUAAGCAGGAACGAAUUUCAUAUACACCUCCAGAGAGCCCGGUGACGAGUUACGCUUCCUCGACUCCACUUCAUGUUCCAGUGCCUCGAGCGCUCAGGAUGGAGGAAGACUCGAUCCGCCUGCCAGCGCACCUGCGCUUGCAGCCAAUUUACUGGAGCAGGGAUGACGUAGCCCAGUGGCUCAAGUGGGCUGAAAAUGAGUUUUCUUUAAGGCCAAUUGACAGCAACACGUUUGAAAUGAAUGGCAAAGCUCUCCUGCUGCUGACCAAAGAGGACUUUCGCUAUCGAUCUCCUCAUUCAGGAGAUGUGCUCUAUGAACUCCUUCAGCAUAUCCUGAAGCAGAGGAAACCUCGGAUUCUUUUCUCACCAUUCUUCCACCCCGGAAACUCUAUACACACACAGCCGGAAGUCAUACUGCAUCAGAACCACGAAGAAGAGAACUGCGUCCAGAGGACCCCCAGGCCCUCCGUGGAGAACGUGCACCAUAACCCUCCCACCAUUGAACUGUUGCACCGCUCUCGGUCACCCAUCACCGCCAACCACCGGCCAUCUCCCGACCCUGAGCAACGGCCUCUCCGGUCCCCUCUGGACAACAUGAUCCGCCGCCUCUCCCCAGCUGAGAGGGCCCAGGGACCGAGGCUGCACCAGGAGAACAACCACCAGGAGCCCUACCCCCUCUCAGUGUCUCCCAUGGAGAAUAAUCACUGCCCGCCAUCCUCCGAGCCCCACCCGAAGCCAUCUAGCCCCCGGCAGGAGAACACCCGCGUGAUCCAGCUGAUGCCCAGCCCCAUCAUGCACCCCCUGAUCCUGAACCCCCGGCACUCCAUGGAUUUCAAACAGUCCAGGCUCUCCGAGGACGGGCUGCACAGGGAAGGGAAGCCCAUCAACCUCUCUCAUCGGGAAGACAUGGCUUACGUGAACCACAUCAUGGUCUCCGUCUCUCCGCCCGAAGAGCACGCCAUGCCCAUCGGGAGGAUAGCAGACUGUCGACUACUUUGGGAUUACGUCUAUCAGUUGCUUUCCGACAGCCGGUACGAAAACUUCAUCCGAUGGGAAGACAAAGAAUCCAAAAUAUUCCGGAUAGUGGAUCCCAAUGGACUGGCUCGACUGUGGGGAAACCAUAAGAACAGAACAAACAUGACCUAUGAGAAAAUGUCCAGAGCCCUGCGCCACUACUACAAACUAAACAUUAUCAGGAAGGAGCCAGGACAAAGGCUUUUGUUCAGGUUUAUGAAAACCCCAGAUGAAAUAAUGAGUGGCCGAACAGACCGUCUGGAGCACCUCGAGUCCCAGGAGCUGGAUGAACAAAUCUACCAAGAAGAUGAGUGCUGAAGGGACCACCACUGCACCUCAGCGGGCCAGCGGCCAGGGGACCCUCGCCCACCACGAUCGCUGGAGGCGUGACGGGGCAGGCGGGCUGAGGCAAGCUGAAAAGGGAGAGACCCAGAAAUGGCAGGGACACUUCUCUUGCAGACCAAGAGGGACCCCAGAGCACCUUAGACAAACCACCCAGCAAAGGCGGGGCUGGAAUUCUGGCGGAGGGCACGAGCCUGGGACUCGCACGUCACACUUCCUUCUCGUUUGGAAUCUCUCCAUCUGUAACUCCUCACCCUCACCCUUCCACCACUGUUGGUUCCAUGGUGUCUCUCUUUUUGUUUUUUUAAGAAUAUGCAGUUUGACUUUUCAUCAUUCAUAGAGGGGAAGACAUCUGAUGUUUUCCUAUGGAAAUAUAUAUCAUAUAUAUAUAUAUAUAUUAUUUUUUUUUCAAAUCUCACAAAGUAUAGCAAGCCCAGCUGGUCAGGAAACAAAAUACUUGCAGAAAGGUUCAGGUUCCUCUUUUUCCUGCCAUGUGGAUCAGGUUUGUUCCUGUUACUGUUGGGUCUUAGCUUAGAAAAAAAAAAUGCUUUUUAAACAGAUCAAGUGAAAGCUCUCUUUCUCCCUCCUGCUCUUUUCGUGCUCCCCUCUGUCCUCCCUCCCGGCCCGCUGUGGAGCUUCA